GCGGCGCGGCGUUGUUUUGUCGCCGCGGAUUAAGUCGCUUUGCCUUCCAGCCGACGUUCCCUCCGAGCACCAUGAGCGCGCCGGGGCUGCCUUGGAGCAUCGACAGCGGCGGGUCGGGGCUGCCUCCGCUGCCCAAGAGCCUGAGCGGCUUAUUGAAUUCUUCUUCCAGCGGAGGCGCCCCUGGCGGAGCCGGGGGGCGCUGGAGGGACCUGGAGCGACUCUACGCGCAGAAGUCUCGCAUUCAGGACGAGCUGAGCCGGAGAGGUAGCGGCGGCGGCGGCGGCGGGGGGCGAGGAUCUCCUCGCCCGCCCAAGCCCCCUAACCUCGACGCCGCCUUGGCCCUGCUCCGUAAAGAGAUGGUUGGCCUCCGGCAGCUGGAUAUGUCAUUACUGUGUCAACUCUACUCUCUUUAUGAGUCAAUUCAGGAAUAUAAAGGUGCCUGCCAAGCAGUAUCAAGUGCAGACUGUGCAUAUGCACUGGAAAAUGGCUUUUUUGAUGAGGAAGAGGAAUUUUUUUAAAAAGAAUAUAUCUUAGGAAAGUCUUUUUUUUGGAGUGCAGCUGGAGUUGGCAGUUAAGAAAUGAGCAGUGUUAAUUGGAACUCAAAGUACAUUCUUCCUUCUGCUCAAGAAGAAUUGCUCCAUUUAUUUCUGGCAUGCUGUUUAACCCAGGUUACACAUUAUGUAAAUUCUGCGCUAGGAAAGUUAAUGUGCAAUGAAUUUUGAAGCCUCCCAAAGCAUGCUUGACAGGUCAUGUCAGUGUAAUUUGUGCACAGGGUGUUUCUAGAUGGCAGAUGUUGAAAACUUAUCUUUUUAUAAGCAGAACUGUGUCACUGUACAUGAAAUCUGCGUCAUCUCAAAUAUUCUGACAUGUAAAGUGUAGUUAUAUAGUUUGUGUGUUUGUAAUCACUGAAUAGAUCUCAUUAACAUCACCUUUUUAAAGCCUCUGAUAUGAGGGAUUGGAAUUUUUCCUGUUCUAUAUACCAUAAAGGAUCAAUUCUGUAACAUCACAACAGUUUUAACUACUUCUAAAGUUUUUACUUGGAUCGUUGAUCCAGUUCCCUUUUUUUCUUGCUAAUGUCAGAAUGAUUUUUAUUUAAAGCAAGGUAGUAAAAUUGUGUAACCCUUCCUAUAUUUUUUCUCAAAUGCAAUAAGAACAAAUCAAAGCAGUUCAUUGUACAUCUUGCAGCUUCAUUAGUUUCCAUAACUGCAAUUUAGUUGUUCGUUAUCAAGUUAGUAAUUUAAGUUUAACAUACAUGGAUUAGCAGCAUCAUUUGUAAUACUAAAAUGUUUGGAAGACAAAAUGGUCAAUUUGUUUCUUACAGUCCAAAAAGACCUUAAUGUAUAUGUUAUUAUAUACACUUUUGUUUUUUGUACUAUAACAAAUGAACGUUUAAACUGGAACUGUAAUUUGUUUAGCUUUUUCAUGACAUGUAAUUUAGCGCUUGGAGGUAGCCAAGGAAACUUGCAUGGCUGCCUUGGUGGACUAAAGUGAAUUCAGAAACCCACAGCCUACCUCACAUGAAGAAGUUUAUAGCAGAAGACGAAAACCUCUGGACUGGUCUUGGGCAUAAUGGUCAGGACCUGAUUGGUUUCAGCUUCCUGGAAUACUUUCAUAAAUUAUAUAUGCAUCAGGAAAAUCUUUUGCUAUGUAGGAAUGUGACAUCAUGUAAAUAACUGAUUUGUUUUCACGUGGAAUACCUAUUUUAAGAUCUGAAACAUUUUCAACCUCAAAGGAGAAAAGUGAGAUGACAAAUAAUAAGCAUGUUAACUUUGUGUCCAAAGGGAACAACAAAAUGUGUAAAAAGGACAAUCACUUUCAUACACUUAUUAUAGCAGCUUCUAUAAUCUAUUGUGUUGUUGUAGUUUACAAUAUAUCCAUCCAUAUUAUGUGAUCUUGCCAGUUCUGUCACCAAAUACUUCUGUUCUCCUGCCCCAUUAAAAGAGAUCUCUGCUUUCAAAAUCUAAAGAGUCCAACUGAACAAACA